AUGAAAACGUUUUUGUGGGGUUGGAGUACUCUCGCAGGAUCACUCAUUCUCUUCAGCAUUCUUGCAAAUGGGGAAAUGGGUUUUGACGAAAUGGACAUGUUGAACGAUUUCAAUGGAACAAAUGACGCAAAUGUUCUGAUGGUAGGACUCACUCUUGUCCAAGCCGCUGCUUCUAAAGGAGCGGUGUGUCUGGAUGGGUCAGUGCCUGGAUAUCAUUUGUGUCGCGGUUAUGGUUCAGGAGCGAACAACUGGAUCAUUCAGUUACAGGGAGGUGCGUGGUGUGACAGCAUAAAAAAUUGUCAGAACCGUAAGAGUAGUGGUUAUGGAUCGUCUAUGAAGAUGGAGAAAGAGUUAGCCUUUUUAGGAAUACUAAGCAACAAAGCCGCUGAAAAUCCAGAUUUUUACAACUGGAACAAAGUAAAAGUCCGGUAUUGUGAUGGCGCAUCCUUUGGAGGUGAUAGCGAAAACAAGGCGGCGCAGCUUCAGUUUAGAGGAAAACGUAUAUUCUUAGCUGUCAUGGAAGAUUUGAUGGCGAAGGGAAUGCGUCAGGCAAAACAGGCUUUGCUCAACGGAUGUUCGGCUGGGGGUCUUUCAGCGAUUUUACGAUGCGAUGAUUUCAGUAACUUGUUUCCUCCUACCACCAAAGUUAAAUGCAUGAGCGAUGCUGGCUUCUUCCUCGAUGCCGUUGAUGUAGCUGGAGGUCAUUCUAUACGGCGUAUGUAUUCUGGUAUUGUAAACACCCAGGGUUUGCAAAACACACUUCCUCGCACCUGCACAAGCCAUAUCAGUCCAGCUUUGUGUCUCUUCCCUCAAUACAUAAUCAACCAAGUCAAGACCCCGUUGUUUAUUCUCAACUCGGGAGUUGAUGCGUGGCAGAUCGGGAAUAGCUUAGCUCCACCAUCGGCUGAUCCGAGUGGCAGUUGGCAUAACUGCAGCUUCAGCUUCAGGUGCACUCCCUCUCAGAAGCAAUUCUUGCAAGGUUUCACGACAAGCAUGCUAAAUGCGCUAAAGACCUUUUCGACGUUUAGGAAGAAUGGAGUGUUGAUUACCUCGGGAUGGGCUCAUUGUCAAACGGAGAGACAAGAUGCUUGGUUUCCUGGAAACUCUGGAGCCGGUAAAGUUAAGGGGAUUGCUGUAGCAGUUGGAGAUUGGUUUUUCGAAAGAAAAAGCUCAUAGGCUUUAUAUACAGUAUAUGAUUAUCCUUGUGACAUUAGCAAAAACCGUCAUUAUGAAAUGUUUGUUUUACUUUAUCA